AUGCAAAAGCAGAAACAUAAGCAAAAGUCGUCGCGCCCUUGGAGCGAACCCAAGUGGCACGACCAAUAUCAGCAAUGGUAUUCGGAACGAGUAGGCCGGCAUGGCACCAUAGAGUAUAAUUGGAUUGGGCCAACCCUCCCUAACGCCCCUGACCAAAGUAUCCCACGGUCUGACGCUAUUAACAACCUGGUUGACAACCUGGCUGUAGAGGUCGGUCAUCUUAGUGUCGACCAAGGUAUAUACGACCAAGGCCAGUAUCCUGAUUAUGGGGGGCACCAUGCUACCACCAUCGAUCACGCUAGCUAUACACACGACGCACGCCAGCCCCAAGAUUCUGGUUACCUUGAUCAUGUGCAGACGCAGCAGCAAAGCAGCAAGGGAAAGGGAAAAUCUCUCGAAGUUGAGCAGCUUGCGGAUUAUGGCAGUUCCUCGGUAGGUGGCAACCAACCACAAGUUGCCCGUGGGGUGCAACUGGCAAUGGGCGACUAUAGCCAAGGAACGCGCUCCAAAUGUAAGGCGCAAUCGUUACGAGCCGACCACGAGACGCUAAUGAUUCCAGAUACCGGUUCGGAUUACUUAAGUGCUGAAACUGUUGUAGCUGGUACAGCUGGGAACGUUCCAGAGCCACAAGUGAAUCCCUACGACGAAACCGAGGAAAACCAGGAUUUCAACGACGACGAAUAUCAGGAAGCUAUCCGCAGGAGCCGCAGCGAAUACUACGGAAACCAAAAGGCAGGCGAGCCAUCUUACUCGACGCCAGUGGCAGAAGCAGCCACAUCCUCAUCCUGGCCUGCUGCCGUUGACCCUAAUGCAUACGAAUUGAAUCCAUCCCUAGCAAACGGAGACGACCUACCAACACCCCGUGGUGGUUCGCCAGUUUCGGGUCCUAUGAUCCCAUCAACUCUAUCUUACGCCAAUUAUAUUCAGGGAACACCGGGAAUGGAAGAAAUCCUAGAUAGCCGAUACAGAGUAGAACAUUCAGCACGGUUUCAACCAGGUGAGGUGUUCAAGAUUCUUUGGUCGGAACCUCUCGGCCAAAUCGGCGGCGAUGACCCGAUUUCCGACGUAACGAAAAGGAGGACCGCGGCUGGUAGUAAAUUUUAUGUUGGCUUCCGCAGGUUCAUCAUCGUUACGACGGACGAGAGCCAUCAUAGCACCUGCGUGCCAAUCCUAACGUACGACCGAAGAGGAUGUCUAAAGAAAGGCGUUAGACCUAGCAAACAUGGGAUCAUAUACAUGGCAGGGAGUAAGCCUAGACUUCUAAAGAACGAACCCGAACUUGGCUUCACCCCCGUGGCACUUCAGGUCUACGCGGAAGGCGAGAAACUUGCCAAGGAGUCUCGAGUCAACUACUCUAAGUUAGUCACCAUUGAGCACAACGUCAAGGUCUUUUUCAUCGGCUCGAUUACCGGAGAAGAUUUCGAAAACGUCAGCUAUGCUGUUGACGUGUGCUGGGACAAGAAGAUGCGUCUAUCGAAGAAGUCGAGGAGGUAAAUCCGCUUCGCACCUAACAAACUAUACGUUCAUCCACGGCCUAGGCCACCAUGGCAUUGAACGGCACUGCCCUAUAUAUACGUUUUACACAAUCUACCCCAUGGCUUUACUGCCUAUAACUAGCGUUCACCGUUCACCGACUUGGAGAUCGGUAAUAUUAUAACAAAUUACGUUUCACUUCCAACGGCGACCCGUUGCCACCACAUUUUAAGCGAGAUUUCCACGAUAUAGAUAUUGGAAAAACAGCACACUGGUACGCAAGGACCAACAACUAUUAAUAGUUAGCAUCCUGCUUCCGUUUCUACUAUGCAGCACCGCCCACUAAGACAGCAUACAACAUGGCAUACCGGGGUUUUCAAAAAUUGGGGACAGAAUGACGCAUGAAUCUAAGGAACUAUCAUGACAUUACGACUA